AGUUGAGCAACAGCGAUUCGUCGGGAGCGAGCAAGUUGCUGGACGGAUUUCCCGGAGCUGCACUUAACUUAAGAUCCAGAAUGCUGAGAAGAGGAUGAAUCCUCCAGUUCAUCUGAGACAUCCACGUGUCUUUGCUGCUGUCCCUCCCCGACAGCCCUCUUGUCCCACUGGGGCACCAUCUGCCUCCCCACGCUCCCCCCCUUGCCCUUACCAGGGUCCCUCCCUCCUCCCCUGCCCCCAGUAGUGGCCAUCCCAAAGGGGAGGAAAGGCGAGCCGGCCCCUGUAAAUAUGCCUGGAUGGAGGUCUCAGUGGCGUCUCGUCCUGCUGAACUCCCUGACCUGUGGCCUGGAGAUCUGUGUGGCAGCUGGGAUCACAUACGUGCCCCCACUGCUGCUGGAGGCUGGGGUGGAGGAGCGCUACAUGACCAUGGUGCUAGGUAUUGGUCCAGUCCUCGGCCUCCUUUUUAUCCCUCUGAUUGGCUCAGCCAGUGACCACUGCAACAGCAGUUACGGCAGACGACGGCCUUUUAUCUGGUUGCUCUCUUUAGGAGUUCUUCUAGCACUGUUCAUCAUUCCCCACGCUGACGUACUGGCUGCACGCCUUGCCUGGGGUGGGCGCACCCUCCAGGUGGGCUUUCUAAUCCUUGGGGUGGGACUCCUUGACUUCUGUGGACAAGUGUGCUUCACACCAUUGGAGGCUCUUUUGUCAGACCUUUAUCGAGACGAGGAAGACUGUGGCCAAGCCUUUGCCAUGUUUUCCUUUAUGGUCAGUUUGGGAGGCUGUGUGGGCUAUUUGUUACCAGCACUGGACUGGAGUCGAGGCCUGCUUUCUGUUUACCUGGGAGGCCAGGCCGAGUGCCUCUUCUCCCUUCUCAUCCUCAUCUUCAUCUCCAGCGUGCUCAUCACCAUGAAGGUGUCUGAGGAGCCCUCGUGUGCCAAUGGUGGCUUGCCGGGGUCUGGAUCUUUACUGGAGUCAGGGACCAGUGCAAUGGAGGCCGGUCGAUGCGGCGUGCCGCGCUCAUGCUGCUACCUGCUGAAGUGCAAGCUGAGGCUUUUGAAGUCUGGACCCUUGUUGUGCCUGCUGAGAACUUGCUGGUCCAUGACCCCCGCCAUCUACAGGAGCUACUGCCAUGUCCCGCGGGUGAUGAGGCAGCUGUGUGUGGCUCAGCUCUGCAGCUGGAUGGCUGUCAUGUCUUUCAUGCUUUUCUACACAGACUUUGUGGGAGAAGGCCUGUACGGGGGCGUGCCAAGUGCAUUACCAGGAAGUGUGUCCAAGCAAAGAUACGAUGAAGGUAUCCGUAUGGGCAGUCUGGGCCUGUUCCUGCAGUGUGCUACCUCAACAUUCUUCUCCCUGGUCAUGAGUCGUUUGGUUCGCCAUUUUGGCUCACGAUGGGUCUACUUGAGCAGUAUGGUGAGCUUUACAGUCUCUGCUGUGGUCAUCUGCCUGUCCAAAAGUGUGGUCUUGGUCACUGUAAUGGCGUCCCUCACUGGCUAUGCGUACGCCACACUGCAGACUCUGCCCUACACACUCACCUGCCACUACCACAAGGAGAAAGAGGUCUAUAUGCCAAAAAGGAAAACCAAAAGCGUGCAUAAAAAUGGUAUUACAACCAAGCGAGACUCUGUAUAUUCGACUCCUGCAGAAGAGGAGGACGGAGUUAACCAUAAAACAGGGACUCCUUAUGGGCAUGCCUUCUUCAGCCAGGACAGUUACGAGUACUACCCCAGUCCACACAGCCAGAACGGCUCAUCCCACAGCCCCAGUGGUACCGAACUAGAGGAGGCCGAAUCAGGGUAUGAGAAACGUGGUGUGGGUUUGGACUUUGCCAUUUUAGACAGCACCUUCCUCCUCUCUCAGGUUUUCCCCACCCUCUUCAUGGGCAUGAUUGUUCAGUUCGCACAGUCCGUCACUGCCUAUAUUGCCUGCUCUGCCAUCUUCGGUGCCGUUGCCAUCUACUUGGCCAGUCAAAUUAUCUUUGACCAAAAGGACCUCAAAAGCUGAGUCUUGGAAGCAAAAGAUGCAGGAGUGAUGGAAUCAUGAAUAACCAGUCAAUCAUUAAGGUUCCUUGGGUGGAACUCAACAAUGCACUACUGUUUCCAGAAUGCCUUGCUCUAGUUCGUUUGUUAGGUUUUAUGAAAGCUCUGUGUUGGGGAAGUGUAGCAGGUUAUGAGAGAAAAUGGCUAACAAAAGAAAAUGUUACAAGAAACAUGUUAUCUGCCAGUAAUGUGGAGCUUUUAUGUUAGAGCAGGUAUCUUUACCUGCCACCUGAUGAGUCAGCACCAACCUUGUGUCCAGGUUAAGUGUGGUACGUCUGUACUGAUUGCAGCUGAAUUCUAUAGAAAUCCCUCUAAAAACUUUUAGUUGUGACAUCUUUUAUGUCCAUCAACUUUUUCCUCAGGUACCACAAACAGAUUUACUGUAGAACUCAUCAACCUCAGAUACAUACCUUCUAAUCUUUUUGUUUUUUAAAAUGGUUUAAUCCUGAGCUAUCCACAAUUUUUAAAAGCACCACCUGAUUUGUUCUAAAACAACAGUUUAAACAUAGUGUUGGCUUAUACAGACUCUUGUUUUUCUUCACAAUGGCAGAAUGGAUAGAUUAAUGCAUUGUUUCUACCCAUUCAGACAAUAGAAUUACAAGUGGGACCACUGGACUUGUCCAUGUAGGAUAAAAAAAUACUCUUAAAGGGGUACUCCAGUAAUUUAGUAUUGCAGAUCCAUAAAGUAGGAUACCAAUGAGACAGAUUUAAAAAAAAAAAAAAAAGAAUGGUCAAAAUAUCUUUGUACUUAAGUCCUUAUAAUAGGUUAAGCUCCAAAAUACUUCAUCCUACAUUUGCAACUCUAUAUCAUCUUUAAAUAGACCUUCCCCAUAUGUCAUUGCUAUUAUCUUAUAACUUAUAAACUCUGCGCCCUCAGUUUGUAUCGCAAUUUCUCUUUAACGCCUUAAGGCCCAAAGACAUAACUGACAUCAAAGAAAUGGCGACAAAGGGGGACUGUUUGGUUGCCUCACGUCGCCUGUGUCUCGGCCAAAAGGUUGCACUGAACACACUACAAAGACUAAAGUCAACAGCCAGCUAGCACAUACAUUCUGCGCCUGCAUGAGAGGAAAUGACCCUUCAUACCAGCGGGUGGCGGUAGUCUUUAUUUGUGUUUUAAAAAGGGAAACCAGAAGACCGACAGGAUGGAUUUAAGGUGCUAGUUAGUAAGUUAGCACAAUAACAACACAAUCUGAUGUAAAAAAAAAAAAAAAAAAAAAAAAGAACAAAGGAUAUUUACUUUGUGUCAAUGACCAAUGACAAACAAUUCCGAACCAUGUCUGCUAAAGAGCUCAAUAGCUUAAAAAUAAUCUUACCUAAUAUAACAAGUUUGUUUUUAUCUCAUGCCCUCUUAACUUUCCACACUUCUGUUUCUUUUAACAUCCGCUGAGCCGAACGCCAUUUCAACAUGCUGAAUAGGCCAGAAAAAAAGCCGAUAAGGGCCAAUUUUGCAGGACAUAACGCACAAACUAAGGCAACAGACACUCACUGAGGGCCCAACGCCGACCAACAGCAGACUUUUGGCUUGGUGUAUCAGGGCCCUUACUCAAGAUAACCUUAAUAACAUCACUGUAUCAUCCUGCAAGUUAUUUUCUCAGACAUGACAAAGCUCCUCCAAAGCCAAAGAGGACAUUAAACAACAGUUUUCACAGGCAGAGUAGUGCUCUCCAUUCAAGUAUACUGACCUUUCUGUGUAAAAUUGGUGGAGUACCCUUUCAAAAAUUCAGUUGCGCUCUGAUGUUGGGCCCCAUCUUAUGUGCCACCGCCACAAAUUUAGUGUCAUAUAUAAUUAAUGAACAGUUUUACUGUAAAUAUUUUGUAUACAAAUUUACUGUAUAUCCCUAUGGGAAUUGUUUUAUGCAACCUGUAUAGGUGAGGUUAUCGACUGUGGUGGUUUUAAGAACUAAGCUGUUUACUGGAACUGGAAAUACUGCAUCAAACAUCUUCUGUCAAGAUAAUCAAGAGCCGUUUAUUCUAGUGGACUGCUCGUCUUGUUCACCUAUGCUUCUGAUCAGGACAGUCAUCUCAGGUUAGUAUAUUGUUUUAGGAUCCCAUCCUGUUCUUAUGCCACUAAAACAACACUUUCCCUGCAGCCUAAACCUUCAUGUUUUACUGUAAAUGACAAUCUAAGACAUCCAGAUGGGCUUGUCAUGUAAUGCUGUAUGCAAACAUUUAGGGGGAUAUCUGAUGGAAGCCCACUUCAUAUAACCCAUUCCUGAAAGACCAAAAAAAUGUCAUGCAGUAGAUGAAAAUGUGUGGUUACUGAAAGUAAUGCGAGAGGAGGCACUGUACAUUGAUGGGCUGAAGUCUAAGCUCAGUUAAGGUGUGUGUGUGUGUGUGUGUGUGUGUGUGUGUGUGUGUGUGUGUGUGUGUGUACACAUAACAUGGAGGACAGAGAGGGCGGAAGCAUUAGUAAUAUUUAAGUGUGAGGCUAAUGGAAAGUGGUAUGACUCGAGAGUUUUUUCACACCGGUUAUAAUAAACUAUUGACUUGAGCCUGGCCAAUAUAAUACUGUAUGUUACGAUGUACUGUGGCCUUCAGUUGAGCUUUUGAAAUUGACUGGUUGGUGUAAACAACCCUGCAUGUUUCGCAACUGGUAAGUGAGUUCAUUUGAGCCUUUUGUAUCCAGGUUGUCUGAUCCUACACGAGGGGUGAUGAAUUACGUUCUGCAGAUACAAAUAGUCCCGAAGGAUCUUAUUGCCUGAGGUGCGCUCAGCGUGAGAGAAGUAAAAACGGCAGAGGAUUUGUUUGUCAUGUUGACACCACUGCAGAGCAGCUGAAUUAUCCUUUUCACCCCGAAAUGCACAAAAAAUAUUGUCUAGCAGUAGCCGAAGUGUCAGAAAAAAAGGUUGUUUUACAAGUGCCUGUAUAUUUUACAUUACAUUUUUGUACAUAUGUAUUAAUUUAUUAUACUUUUAUUACAAAAUAGCAUGUAUUAAACUAUUGGCCUUCAUAGGUGCAAGGGUGAAGGCUGUCUCUGUGAAAAAGAUAAAUUAUUUGUAAAGACAUGGAAACAUCAUCAAACUAUAAUUUAUUUGAUCAUUACCCACUUUAUAUUAUAGCUCUGGUAACAUCAAAGAGCAUAGUAGAGGAGACAAUACUGAAAGUUAAUCAGGAUUCCUCUCUUUGGUCAUUAUCCAUAUAAAAUGUAUCAGCUGAAAACAUUAUUCCCCUCACACAACUCAAAUGCUUUAUGAUUUUUUUUUCUGGUGCAAACAAGAAACCUAAUGAUUGUUUCAAUAUUGCUUUAUCUGGGUCUUAUAUAACCACUUGUUUCUUCUAACAGACAUCUGUGGUAUUGUUAAACUUAACAGACAACUUUAACUGGGUGGGUGGAGUUGUUUUCGGUCCCUAUUGCUCUCAACCAAAUGUCCUGUUUAAAAAAAGUGCCAAUGGUCCGACUGUGUUAAGGCCAGAAGUGUUCUGAUGUGAUCAGGUUUUUUAAAUGACAAUUUUUAUCAUACAAUUUCAGUCAUCUGUAUUAUUGUCAUGAAUGCAUUCAGCCAUAAGAAAAAGUUGUACUACAUAGUCGUUAUACAUCCAUCAGAUUGUGUAUAAAUAUGCAGUUACCAAAUAGAUUUUAUACAAAAUAAAAGAGCUGCA